UGACAUAGCAGAGCAUGCCAGGCACCCACACCCAAGACGACAUCUCAGCAAGAUGCAAGCAAGGAGAAAAAGAAAAGCUUCCACCAUGGUUGGCUGAAAACAUAAGAGCUAAUCAAGAAACCCAGCCUUUGAUAUCUGAGUCAUUGCUCCACAUCCUGCCCCGCUUCAGCACUUCCUCAUUCAAGGCAGAAGCUCCUUGCAGCAGCACAUUUCAAUCUCAGCACAUUCAGGCAGGAUACCGAGAGAUCCCACACUGCCUUCCCUCCCACUCAGGACAAGGAAUCUAGAGCCAGCCAUCCCUGUGGAAGCUGAACAUUCCUAAACAUACACAGAAGGUGGCAGUCCAGUCCAGGUGGCAAGACACUGCAGACACAUGUCAAUGGCCAGAGCUUUGUUUCAACAGAGACAGAAAUAGCAGCUGGAGCAGCCGGUGAAGUUCACGACUGGGAAGGAUUCCUAAGGGCCAGGAAGGCACAAAAAUGAAAUGGGAGACUUCUCUCUGGAUGGUUGCCUGCUUACUGUUUGCAUCUCUACCCAGAGGUCAACCAGACACAACAUGUCACGCAGUAGUUGGAGAAACUGUCAUUUUGCCUUGCACCACUCCCUCUCCUGGAGACCUGAUCCUUUCCAAUUCAAUGCUCUACUGGCAGAUAGGGCACACUGUCUUAGUCCACUUUUUUUACAAGGGGCAGGACUCGCUGGAACACCAGAAUGAACGUUACUCUGGCAGAACUAGUCUUUUUUUGGACCAGAUGAAGCAUGGCAACUUUUCCUUAAAGCUCUCCAGUGUCCAAUUACUGGACACAGCUGAAUAUACUUGCAUCUACAAACGGACUGGGGAUCAUCCCAACCAAACACAGAAAUCUAAAAUUAAUCUCAUUGUAUCAGCUCCACCUAGCAUUGAAGAGGCACCUUCCCCUUCUGGACACAGCCAGAUUUCCUCCAGAAGCCCUGCUGAUGUGCCAUUUCUGGCUAUGCUUCCCCUCUCUUUCCACCUCCUGGUCUCACUGGGGGUUUGGCAGUUGUAACUGGGGAACAGGAGAAUCUUUGGGAAUUUCUCCUCACCAGAGGACCUCGCUGGGCAGAACAGCUCUGUAGGGUUAGCAUGACACCUGCUCCAGAGCCAUGGGGGAAGAAUCAUCAAAGCUGAGAACUGACCUAGCACUAGGUGUUUAUAUCCCACAUUCUGGUGUUCCACAAAGCCAAAGGCAGCAACACUCAGAGGUGGCACGUCUACUUUCUCAUUUUUUUCUGGGAGCCCAGUUUUAGUGCUGCCAGUAUGAACAUUUUAUUUUGGAUUUUGCGGUUUUGCUUUAGCGGCAGGAUAAAAGAUUCACAAAAUUACAAAGUCAUAUAAUUGACCUGAGUGAGAUCUUUCUCCUAAGACCUCAUCUGCUGUCCUUCAAGAGAACCAAAAAGGAGGAGAAGUGGUAAUUAGCCUCUGUGUCAGAUAAAAACUGGAAGUAGGAAGACGCUUGCGUUUUGUGAAAUGUAAGGAUGGAAACCUUGUGAAACUUGAGCCUGUGGAACUUCAGCUUCUAUUUUUACUCUUCAGCGUCAUGGGCUAUCAGCAACAACUUUUUUUUUCCACAAGAAAUGUAGUAGUUCUUCAGCGGAAGGAUGAAGCUGACUGAGAAAAAUGAUGGAAGUUCAUAAAACAUCAACAUAGAGGAAGGAAGUGACGUAUUAUUACAAAAUCCACUGCUAAAUAAGCCAAAAGCUUUAGAAGUCUGAAUUCGGUAUUUUCUCUUUUUGUCCUUAAACACAGCAAGGUAAAUGUGAUCAUCGCCCAAAAGCUGGAUUCUUAAGCUAAAACUGUGCGACCAGAAAUUGUUACUGUGACAAUGUUACUUCUUUAAAAACGGCACCUUUGGAGGAAAAAAGAAUUAAAAACUGGUCAGAAUAAUUGUAACCGAUACCUAUGCAAAUUAAAUGGGUUUAGUUCUGGAAACGCUGGACUCAGGUAGCACAGAUGUCCUGUAUAAAACUGAGACUGAAAGGAUCCUGUGUACCAGCAACAUCAAGAAAGUGCAGAGGUUUCAUUUCAGGCCAGAGCUGCUGCGACUGCCCUCUUAUAGAAUGGAGAAGCAUCUGGAGAAUCCUCACCCUGGCCGGUGGGCAGCGGUGAUUGCAGCGCACUCCUUCUGCCUGAGCCCUCAAGCAGAGGGAAGUGACUCAUCAGGUUGCAUAUAAAGUCAUUUUUAUUUGGAACAGUUCCACUCUCUUUCCAAAGGAAAGACGGGAUUGUUUUUGCCGGGAAAUGAACAGAAUAAAAUAAAAGAGUUUCAAAAUGGUAUCCAUUGAGGUAAAGGAGAUAGUGACCUUUGACUUUCUUAAAGAGGGCCCUUUCUCUGUGGUGGGGAAGAGAGACAAAAUCCCACGCACAGCCCCUGCUGCUGCUGCAGUGAAGCUCAGCUGGUGCUUUGGCCACCCUGGGUACGGAGCAGCUUAGCUAACAGCUGGGGUCCCACUUCAUAGAAAGAUUUGAAUAUAAGAACUGUCUGCACCGUGAUUGUCUUUUUAUGUCCUACCCUCCAAAUGUUUGUCUCAGAGUCCAUGUAUUUUUCAAAACAAAAGUUGAUUAAAAAUAAAAACUUAAAAAAACCCAAA